AUGAGGGUGGCUACAUUCCUGGUGCUGCUCCUCUGGGCCGUGGCCAGCGCUCACCCCGUAAGUACACACUGGACAGAUACACCCAAACCCCAUCAGUUUGGCCCAGCCAGGGACACAGCAAAUGAAGAGCACGUCAAUAAGCUGGGCAACCUCCUAAAUGGUGGAGAUGGCAGACAUCCUCCUGUUGGUGUGGAGAGGGGGGACAAUGCCCUUGCCGGGGACCUGAUGGGCGGGAAUGCUGUGGAUGAGGAGCUCGGUGAGCACAGUGGCCGAGACAAGGGAGACCGAGUUGGGCAGGCUCAGCACGUGAAUCAGGUGGAUCACGAGGAUGCAAGUGCCCGCAAUGGGAACGACCUCGGUUUCCUGGAGGGGGAUGCACGUGAUACUGAUGACGGUGACAACGGAGACCAUUACGGCACUGGAGCCAAUGGGCUUCCCUCCCACGCCGGCGGGUUCCUGGAUGAGGAGGAUGACAGUGGGGAUGACACCUUUGAUGGGAAUGGGGAAGAGGAGAGGGGAGAAGGUCCUACUUACGUGGCUGGUGCCGAUGGGGCGGGUGAACCCGACCGCGAUGCCGGUCGUGGGGAUGCCGGGGCUGGCAGAGGGCAUGGCGACAGCAGCAGCAGCAGCAGCAGCGAGAGCACCGGGGCAGACCACCGGCGGUACAGGAACUACGUGGGCAGCUGGUAUGAGCGGAGCUACAGGCAGGGAGGGGCCAGCAGCAGCAGCCAGGAGGAGGAGAGCUAUGACUUCGAGGACGGAGCCAUGCAAGGUGACGACCCCUCUGCCUUUGACAGCUGGGGCAGCAGCUACAGGGUGCGCCAUGCUGGCCGCCGUGCCCUAGGGAACAGCCGAGAGGACAUCCAGGGGGCUGGCUCCCACCACUGGGAGGAGGGUGAUAGCAGGUCCCCAGAGGUGGAGGAUGCUGACUCUGGAGAAGACAGCCCAUCCGUGGAAGACAACAGUCAGUCAGAAGAGCCUGUUGACAGUGAAUCAGAGGAAAAAAGCCCCAGCCGCUCUAGGGAGGAUGGGGAUGAGGAGGACAGCCCCUCCAGCGAGGAUGAGGACAGCAGGUCCAGGGAGAGCACUGAUGACCAGUCAGAUGAAGAACCACAGGAGUUCCCAGAUGUAGUGAGCACAUUGAACGAGCAUAGCAACAGCCAGACCUGGGAAGGGCAAGAGGACUGGGAGUCUGCUGAGGACAGGAGUGUGCCAUCCAUGCCUGACAGCGAGUCUGAAGAAGAAGAGGGUGACCAGAGCAAGUCCAGGGAAGAUGAUGAGGACCAGACCCAGUCCAUAGAGGACACUGUGGAGGAGUCACGGGAGGACGAGAAUGACUCUGACUCUGUGCCAAGCACAUCAGGCGAGAGCCAGAGUGCAUCCCCAGAGGAUGACAGCAGCCCCGAGGACAACACAGGUGAGGACAGCAGGUCCCCAGAGAGUGACAACAGUGAGUCCCAGGAGGAGGAUGGCAAUGAGGAGAGCCACUCCCAGGAGGAUGCCACCCAUGAGACCAGCAGCCAUGAGGAUGACAGCUCGCUGCAGAGCCUGGAGAGUGGGAUUCGCAAGAGGCGGCUGGGCGCUCUCCGCCGGAAACCUGCUGCUGACUACGAUGACAAUGACUGCCAGGAUGGGUACUGA